UUGAUGGUUGACAUAUCCCAUGACAGCACUAUUGGGAUGGGUGGGUUCAAGAUGGCCCAUCCAGGAUGGCUCACCCUCACUCCUCCUCCAGUUUCUGGGCUUAGUUCAGUUCCACGCGAUGAAAUUGUGGUCAAACGGCCCUUUCACAGAGUUUUGUCACAGGCUGGUGGGUCAACUGAAGCCUUCAAGAUCGGCAGGUUUCCCAUUGUAGAUGAAUUGCCAAAGCUUUUUCGAGAAGCCAAUGUGCUAUACUGGGCAAGCUCCCUUUUACAGCUUACAUAUGACUUCAUCAACCAUCGCCUUGCUACCUCUUGUCCUCCUCCGUUCCCAGUUCCACGAGUACGAUUUGUGCAAGGUCAAGCAGUCAUAGCGGCUCCCUCUGGCAAGCUGGGCUCAAAAAGCAUCAUGUCAGGGUUGAAGCCCUGCCCUAUUCGAGCAGCUUAUCUCCUCAAAGAACUCAUUGAUGGCAGCGAAGAUGCAUUUGUCAAAUUUAUCCAUAACAUGGACACUGAUCCUUUGCUCAACAAACUUGACUGUGGCUAUGAUUUAGCAGUAUUCUUCGCAUUCACUCAACAUGUUCAAUAUGUGAAGACUGGUGGUUUAGCAUUUAUAUCUGAUUACCAAGGAAGCACUUCACUACUGAUUGAUCCUCAAAUAUUGACGGAUCCUGACAGACAGGAUAUUUUCAGUAAAGGAAACAUAGAAGUUGUGGUCACCAUGUUCAAGGCACAACAUGUCUGCAACGACUAUUGCGAAUGGGCUGGUUUGGAGAAGUUUCACUCGGCUGACUCGGUAGAUGAAAGUCGCGAUACAUAG